AUGGAUUCCUGGAUAUUGUGGUUCUUGCUCUUGCAAAGCGUAUUCCAGUACCCACAGCCUGUGGGCGAUGGUUUGGAUGAGGCAACGCGUCUGCGCAUGGAGCUGCGUGCAAAGCUCCAGGAACAGGAGAGGAUUCGUCUGGAGCGGGAGAUGGAACAGCUGGUGCUGGUGCAGGGUGUCACAUUCUGGGGAGACCUGCACUGGUCUGCCAUGCAGCCCUGGCAGCUCUGGACGUUUUCUGGGCUCUUGGUUCUUCUCUUGACCAUACGGUUUUUGUGGGGGAAAAGAAGCCACAAGGCAGAGAUCAGUGGUGAGAAGGAAAAGGAGGAGGAGGAAGAGGAAGAGGAAGAGACACGGGAAUAUGAUCUGAGAUGGCUUCUAGAGGAGCGCAUACAGUGGCCUGUACAGGACCUGCGGACAGGCUGCAACAGGACAAUGGCCCUGAUGAACAACUUCACGUCUGUCCUUAGGCGUGCCUUGAGUAUGACAUUCUACCCAGUGCUGCAACAAGCCAUUGGUUUUGGCAGUGCCUUUGAAGGUUGGGCUGCCGCUAAGGAGGAAGUUGUGUACCGUGUGCUCGUACCCCUGACUCCUCCCGUAGGCCACACCUUCCACCUGGAGCGUGACCCUGACCAGCAGUGGACCGGCAGGAAUUUCCGUAUCCACGUGAAGCUGGACUGCCAUUGCCCAAGGGAGCAUCAGGGUGCGAACCCGCUGUGCUUCCUACACCACCCUGAUAUAGUUAGGGAAGUGACUGGGCAGCCCAACCUCCUAGACUUGCUGUGCACCGGCUCCUACCUUGACGUGAAGAAAACUGUCGAAUGGUUCUGCACACUGGUGACAGCAAGCUGGCGGCGUUUGCCUCAGUCACGCAGUUGGCAUUUAGUGCAGCUGCCCUCCAAACGCUCCUGCAACCUCAAGCUGACCAACAGCCAAGAAAGCUUCCAGGUUAGGGUGCUGUUUGGGGUGCAGCGAUACAGCUCAGACAUCUUUAUCAGCAGCCGGUCUCGAGGGGCCCACACCCCAAGCACGAUGUGGCCUGAGACCUACACUGUGGCAGAGACAAAAUUCUUCAAGCACGUGGCCGGGCAGGCCCCCCAGGACAGCUCGCACCUCAAAUGCCUGCAGCUCCUUACUGGUGUUCUUGUGCGCAACGACCUUUCCAUCCAUGCCAUCAAGACAGUCGUCAUGCACCUGCUGAACACUGUACCAGUGACACAGUGGCACAGGAACUAUUUCCUGCUUCAGCUGUCGGAUGUCCUGGAGCAGCUGCGCUUAUCUCUGGAAGAGAGAUACUUGGAGCAUUUUAUUGUGGGCAACCAGAGGCUUCCGGAGGAGAUCAGGUUGCCCGCCGAUGUACAAAGUGCUAGGCCACUCAACGUCUUCCACAGCUUCACGCAAGAUCCGGCCGCCCACUCUCAGGCGAUGGAAGCCUACCUUGAUCUGCGCCAACGCCUGGCAAGAGUGCUGGCCUAUGGCCACUGUUAG